GUUUCAGUUUCUUCCUUCUUUUACCAAUGGGGUGUUAUCAUUUAGAUCAGAAAUGAAGGUACUAUUUUUUGUGAGCGUUUUAUUGUGUGCGGCAGCGAAAGUCCUUGCUUUUCAGAGUUCCUACAUACGGGACUGUUUGGAUGCCCACAACGCAGUUCGAGCUCGGCAUGGAGUGCCAGCCCUAAACUGGUCAGUAGAUAUCGCUGUUAGUGCACAGAAAUGGGCCAAUCAUCUUGCAGCAAUAGAUCAACUUCAGCACGACUCUUCAACACCUUUUGGGGAAAAUCUGUUUUACAUGUACGGAGGUGACCCAGAGCAAGCUUGCGGUCGGGCAGUGAAUAACUGGUACCAGGAGGGUAAAAAUUAUGACUUCAGGUCUCCACAUCUCGAUGAGAGCACCAGUCAGUUCAGCCAGUUAGUUUGGCGGGGCUCUAAAGAUGUUGGCAUUGGUACGGCACAGAGUAAAUCCGGAAACUUUUUUCUGGUGGCUCGCUACAGUCCCCGUGGAAAUAUCGAUGGUAAAUUCGACGACAACGUUCUGGAUGUAAUGGGACAGCCUUCAAUUGAAAGUAGUCCAGAGACGAAAGAUGAUAAAGCGUCCGGCAACAAUCCAGCUCAAGGUGAAUCUUCAAAUCCGCAAGCUAGUAAGGACCAAAACCUUGUUUAUUUCAAGGAAGUAAACCUUCAUCCGAGUAUGGCAGAUCUGGAUAACACGACUGAACCAAACCCCCCUCCAAUACAACAAGCUAGUGUAGAAUCUGGAACAAAUGAGGGCGCAUCUUUGGAAGGCAGUCGAGGACCUGAGGAGAGUUACCCCAAUUCUAUACCAGAGAGUCACGUUUCGGACAGUAAAGACCCCUCUUAUGCUUCUAAUUCUGGGACGAAUGAAGCACUAAGUGUUUCCCAACAGGCUUUAAACGAGCCAGAAACCAUACCAAAUAACGCAGAGGCCAGUUUGGUAAGCCCAAAUGAGGAGCCAAGUCAUAAAGAAGACAGCGAUUUAAAUAGAAAACUAAGUUCUUCUGAACCAGAUAACAUGAAUAAUGAAGUUUUGCCUCUGUAUGAGGGUUCUGACAUCAAUGCCAUGAAUUCGGGAGCCCUACAUCAGGGAUCCGAAAUAAAAGACAUGAAAGCAAGGCCUACUUAUGCUGCUUUGAAUCCAGCAGAGAUGUUUACCAGGCCAGGAAUCGAGGACAGUAGAAAGGCUAAGGAGACUUCAAACUAUGAUCGGCAGGAAGAAAAAGAUGCGAGACUAGAGAACUUUGCUAAUUUACCUAUGAACGAUGAGGAGCCGCCAAAGAGUGAUAAACCACCUGGCCUCUCAUACGUGAUUCCUCUGGCUGCUAAAAUACCCAAGAAGCCCGCAGUAACACCAAUAAAGUUGCCCCCCGCCAUAUCUCUAAUCACGCCAAAGAGAGGUAAAGAUUUCCGAGUGGAAAUUCGCUUCACCAAGAUGGCUUAUACUGAUGAGAUGCGAGUGCCAGGCAGUAAGGACUUCGAAGAAGCAAAAAGAAACAUAACGAGCGCCAUUAUUAAUCUGUUGGACGAUGAUGACGAAUUUCAAGAAGUGCAGCUCAUAUCGAUACGAAAUGGUAGUGUGAUAGCUACACUUGGGCUGCUUUUUAAGAAGGACAAACCAGGAAAUCUCAACCGUCUAUCCUUAGCUCUGAUUUCCGGAAAGAUCGGACGUUUUCCCGUGGCAGCCAAAUAUGAGUCAGCAGUUGCUCUACCUGCAGGAUAUCUAAAACCUAACAGACCAAUACAGAAACAAGGUGUAGGGGUUUGCGCACAACCAUGCUCCAAACCAAACAUCUGCUACUCCACAGGUUGCGGUGUAGCCUGCUGUGCCUUCCACCCUCAUGAAAACAAGUAUCACCCCCCUGCACGCCUCUUGCCACAGGUGCUCCCAUCAUGCCCUGGUACAUGCGACGACAGCUGUUUCCCGGAUUGUGAUGAUGAUUGUUGCACUGACAUGAUGCAGGAUGCUCCUCCGGCGCCCGCCGCAAUGGCAGGUGCUAGUCCUAGCAUGACAUGUCCGGGAUCUUGUCAUUUCUCGUGUUAUCCUCAGUGCAGCCCACAUUGCUGUAAUACACAAUACGUGCCUAACCCAUGCCAUCCCUCGUGCCCAGCCUACUGCGCGCCAAGUUGUGAUAACGCUUGUUGCGCGGCUAGAAAAUCCAUAGUUAAUAGACUCUCCAAACAGUACAGCCGGUACAGAAGUGCCCAACGAGCCAUAGCACGUCAGAUGUACUUGAGAAAGCAUCUCAAACUACCAUUCAGACGUCCGAAACCAGUAAGACUGGCUCGACCAGUGCGGCCAAGACAGAGGUCUUACUACACGAGACGCGUUCGACCAGAGAGCCUAGGACUUGAAGAAUAUGACCGAAGUAUCAUUCAUUCUGCGCAGACAGAAACCUCUUCUAGAAAUGGUGCACAGUUUUUAACUGUCUGAUAUGAGAUUACGAAUUGCAGUUGUUUCGCGCACGAGUCGUUUCGCAAACGACUAGUUUGGUAACGUCACAGGUCGUUUCACUAACGUCUCAGGUCAGUUCACUAAUCGUUUCGCUGACGCGCUUGGAUUUAUUGCACAGUGAACGAAUGAAAACCUCUCAAGUAAUCCUUUACUUUGAAUCGAAAUAACUUGAGUUGUAUCAAAUCGACUUUCUGCGUGUAUCGAACCAACUUUGUUGAUUUAUGGGAUCGACCUCAGUUGGUCUUGAAUCGACUUGUAUCAAAUAGACUCUCAGUGUGUACUGAAACGAACCAAUUCCCAUUCGACUUUUCAGUCCAUUAGAAGUCGAUCUAAUUCGUUGGCGAAACGAUCUACAGGAUUAUAUCUUAUUAACCAAGUGCGAGGGCCGUACUGGGAGAAUAUCGGCCCGAGGU